ACACACACACACACACACAUACAAAAAGACGUAUACCGUGACCACCAAGAACAGACCGGAGGAGGAACGAUCAUUUUUAAGUCAACAAUUUAUGCAUUUAAAGUAUUUCAAGCAACCUCAAACGUAACCAGCUCCAGCACGAGACCAAAUACAAAACGGAAAACCGACUAAACGAGGGUAGUGAGGUCAAACCCUAAGGCUUCCUCUAUUCAAGGUAGUGGUAGCAGUAGUAGUAUGAUAACAUUCGGAUAGUUCUCUGCCGCGUUGGAGGGGGUGGGGGCGGGGGUGAAGAGAGCGGAGAUGACCGACGGGAGUUCAGGCUUGGCGGUGGACCGGGCGAAGGUGCUCCUCUUCCUCGCUGCAUUCUUCCAGGCGGUCAGCGUGCUGGCUCUGCUGGCGUGCGGCGGGAGCGGCUACUGGCUGCUGGCCUGGCAGUCCUGCGGCGACGGCGGCGACCGGGGCACACGGUCGUCAUGGUUACGCCAGAGUGACCCGGGUCAUCACGGGGCCACCGGAAGCCAGGCGAUGGACAGUGUCACGUUCUUCCACGAGGGUCUGUUCAGUCGCUGCUCCAUUCAAACCCGCUCCCAAACCUUCUCUCUGUGGGACAUCUGGACCGGGAGUCAGUCGCCGAUCAAGGUGUGUGAGAGCGCCUUCCUCUUCCCGUUCCCCGUCUACGAGUCGCCGGGGCGCCCCCUAGUGGACACAGGCGAUUUCCCGCCUCAGCCCUCUGAACCUGACUCCGUCAUUGUCUUUAGGACAUUCUGGAGCAGCUUCCUGGUGUUGGGCGUGGUCUCUGUCGUUAUUGGUGGACUGGUGGUCCUUUGUGCUGCCCCGCUGUCCAAUCACAAGCUGUAUAAAGUUGGCGGGGCUUUUCAGCUCUCCGGAGGCCUGAGCCUGAUGCUGGUGCUGCUGAUGUUCCUGGCGUGGUACCAUGAGCUCUGCGUUCUGGAACAAUACGCCCGUAGGCGGAGAGCGACCGUCUGCCCCGCCUUCCACCUAACCGUGGAGCUGGGUCCUUCCUUCCUAUUGGCUCCCGUCGCCGUGUUCUUCAGCGUUCUUGCGGGACUGCUCUUCAUCCUGAUUGGCCGGGACACAAAAUCCGCCGGAUUAAAAGAAGUAUGCUCUCCACCGCUUUAGCCGAUUGUCCCCCAUAGCAAAAUGGAAUAGCGGCAUCAAAUAGGCUAGGCUAGGCUAGUACUGAGUCCACCCAAUUUCUUCUUUAUUUACAUUGAAUUGUUUUGUUUUCUUAUUGUUAAUGAAUAUAAUAAAACUUUCUCAAACUG